AUGAUUUACAUACGAAAUAAUCUUCUUGGUGGUAUAACACAAUCUUCAUGGUUUGAUGUUCGUCCUCUUGUUUAUGAUCCAAUAUUGAGUGGUUUUCCUCCUAAUACAUCAAUUCGAAUGAUAGUUAAAAACAUAAUGAUUGAACAAUGGAAUCCAUCAUAUUCAUAUAGUCGCUUUUACGAAUCAUGUGCACCAAGUUACUGUACUCAUUCUCAAAGAACUCAUACAAAAACUAUUAUUGGAAUGAUGAUAACAAUGUUGUCCAUGAUCGGAGGUCUUACUGUUUCACUACAUCUAAUUACACCUUAUCUUGUCAAGUUUCUUUUCUCCUUAUUUAAAUUGUACAACAAAAGAGAACAAAAACAACAACGAGUAACAAUUUGUCAGUUAAAAUUUGAACCUAUAUCAUUAUAUCCAGCUUAUUUGGAGGUUGAUUUACUACCACCAGUUGUUGCUGAUUUUAAUGGUGAUCAUCGACUCGAUCUUGCUUUUGCACGUCAAGUGACCCAAUGUAUGUAUGUGACGCUUGGAAAUGGUAACGGAACUUUUUCAGAUGAAUUAUCGCUUCCGGUAUGGGGUGUUACUUGGCUAAGAUUCGCUGCUGGUGAUUUCAACAAUGACAAUCAACUCGAUCUCACUUUCAACGAUUAUGACGGAGGCCAAGUGGCUAUCAUGCUCGGAAAUGGCAAUGGAACUUUUGAAGCACCAGUUAGGUUCUCAACAGCACAUGGCAGUUACCCAGUGGACAUCUCUGUAGCUGACUUCAACAGUGACAAUUAUUUAGAUAUCGCCGUCGUAAAUUAUGGAAUCGAUAGCGUUGGUAUCUUGCUUGGAAAUGGUAACGGAAAUUUUUCAGCACAGACAACAUUUUCGACCGGACGUGGUAGUUACCCACGAUCGCUUGCUAUCGCUGACUUUAACGGUGAUACUUACAAAGACAUCGCUGUUGCCAAUUUAAAUACUAGAAAUAUUGGUGUUUUUCUUGGACAUGGUGAUGGAACUUUUGAAACCCAGAAGUCGUCUUUCAAUAGAGAUCACUUCUUUCCGAUUCGCAUCGCUGUCGGCGAUUUCAACGAAGAUACACGAUCAGAUGUCGCUGUCAGCUAUGAGUCGGAAAGCAUUGUUGGUGUGAUGUUUGGUUACGGUAAUGGCACUUUCGGCACACAAGCGGACUCUGCCAUAGAAACUGCUGUAAUAACGCUUUCAGCCGCUGUCAGUGAUUUCAACUGUGAUGGUCAUCUUGAUAUCGCUAUUGGCCAGAAUAAAUCACAUAGUAUAGGUGUGCUACUUGGACAUGGUGAUGGAAAUUUUGACAAACAAACAAUAUUUUCGAGUGAAUUUAAUGGUCCCUACACUUCGAUGGUUGUCGGUGAUUUUAACGGUGAUGGUUGUCAAGAUAUUGUCGCCAUGAACAGUGAAUCUUAUAGCAUGGAUAUUCUUUUGAACACAUGUGAAUGUUGCUCAAGUGAGACUCUCAAGACAAAUACAUUUAUCCAUCAAUGA